AUGAGACUGGAAAGGAAACCACAUGACAGUUGUGAGGUUCAUAAUACAGAAGAGAACCAAGCUGAAUACAGGAAAUACAGCAGAAAUCUAAAGAAGGGAAUGAGAAGCCAGAGUAUUUAUCAUGCAUACUCAUCACUUUCCUCUUACUUUGACCGGGAUGAUGUUGCCCUGCGUCACUUUGCUGAGUUCUUCAAGGUGGAGUCACAUGAGGAACGGGAACACGCUGAGAAACUGAUGAAAUUCCAGAAUAAACGUGGAGGCCGGAUCAUCCUGGAGGAUGUCAAGAAACCAGAGCAGAAUGAGUGGAGCAAUGGUCUGGAGGCAAUGCAGAGAGCUCUGCAGAUGGAGAAGAAUGUGAAGCAGAGUCUGCUGGACCUGCACAAGCUCUCCUCUGGGAACACUGAUCCUCAUUUGUGUGGCUUCCUGGAGACUCACUACUUGGAUGAGCAAGUGAAGAUGAUCAAGAAGCUUGGAGAUCACUUCACCAACCUGAAGAGACUGGGAGCCCCUGAGAAUGACAUGGAAGAGUACCUGUUUGGCAAGCUCACUCUGAAUUGA